ACUCUGUCUUUGUGUUGUCGCUCGCCGGGUUCUCCAGACCGUGAAGACCCGCCCCUCCCUCUGCUCCAUCACGUCCACUCUCCACCUGCUGCUGGCUGGAUGUUGACGACUGUCAGCAGGUAGACAGACGGACGGAGGGGCAGGCAGGAGCAGCAGCUGCUGAGAGCCAUCAUGAAGCUGGUUUUGCUCCUCCUGCUGGUGACGGAGGCAUCCUGCAGGUCUCACAGCUCUGGGUGUGAGAAGGGCUGUGACUGUCGUGGAGACCUCAAGUUCACCAUAUGCUCAAGGGCUUCCUUCACACGGCUCCCCAGCCGAGUGCCUCCCAACACUGAACUCCUCGACCUGUCUGACAACUGGAUCUCCAUCAUCCCCGAACGCACCUUCAACACCACUCGCAAACUACGGGUACUCCUGCUGCAGAACAACAACAUCAGCGUGGUGGAGGAUGGGGCCUUCUCACAACUGGAGUUCCUCCAGAAGCUGGAUCUGAGCUGGAACCAGAUCACCACUCUCUCUGAGGGAUUCUCCACUGGCCUAGCCUCACUGCGGGAGCUGCAGCUGUCCCACAACCGACUGACCACCCUGGGCAGCCGGACCUUCCGGCACCUGGACAGCAUCCAGCGAUUAAACCUGACCAACAACAGCAUCCAGACCAUUCAGAUGAGAUCGUUCUCCUCAAUGAGCCUCCUCCGACAGCUCCACCUGCAGGACAACCAGCUGACGUCUCUGAGGAGUGGCACUUUCUCCAUGCUGCGCUCUCUCGAAGUCCUCAACCUGGCCGGAAACCAGAUCAGUGAGGUGGAGACUGGUGUCUUCAAGCCACUUGCCAGCUUGACGUUACUCAACAUUGCCAAGAACCAGCUGACCACCAUCUGCUUCAAGACUUUCCUGAGCAUCCACACCUACAGCACCCACCUCCUGCUGGAGGGGAACCCCUGGAACUGCGACUGUGACCUGCAGAGAGUUUUCCGGAAGCUGCGCAGCAUCCAGCGGCUCUUCCUGGAUGACUACUACAACCUGACAUGCAGUUCGCCACCUGACCUCCAGGGCUACCUUCUGAUAAACGUGGAUGAUGAGCUGUGCAUUGCUGAGACCGUCACUGUGCUCAUCAUAACCAUCACCGUCAUCAUCACCCUGCUGGCUGCCAUGCUGAUGGGUGAGAGAAAGAGGAGGAGGAGGAAGAAGAGGGAUUCCACUGGACGCAGCAGGGAGACUUUUCAGACGAGUCAGACUACUGAAGCAACUUCUGUUUCUGACUUAAAUAUAUCACUCUUUCUUUUCUCGCACUGUAGUCUGAUAGUAUUUUCAACCAAGAGUGCUCAUAACUAGACUAGAAGUGGAGUUUAAAAAGUCCAGAUAGAAGCCUCAGUGAGAUUAAAAACCUGUAUUUCAAAAGUGACUUGGCCAAGAAGGCAGCAGAGAUUGUAUCCAUCCAUCCAUCCAUCCAUUCAUUGCAUUCUACUUAUGUGAAGCUGGGUUGUGGUCACAACAAAUCUGUUUUUAACUGAGGAUUUCAGGGCAUGAACUGAUGGUCGGACAUCCUCCUUCAGGAUUUUCUGGUAGAGAGCAGAAUUUGUGGUUCCAUCAGUUACAGCAAGUCGUCCUGAGGCAACAAAGCAACUCCAGACCAUCACACUACCACCACCAUGUUUGACUGUUGCUAUGAUGUUGUUUUUAUGAAAUGCUGUGUAGGUUUCUUUUGUUCUUUUUC